AUGAUCCUUUCUGACAUCCCUCUCAAAGAAUCGUGUUGGCAAUGUUGCUUAUCGAUUCUAAAGAAAGAAGGAAGAUAUCAACAAGUCAAAGAGUUUGGACUUCUCUUCAUGGGAGAGCUAGAAGAGAAUCAAAUCACAAAUGGAAUGACUUGGCUGCCAACUUGGUUGUGGAGGAUGAAGCAUGGGAACCCGAGCAGUAGAUGCGGGCCCAGUACCCACACCCUUUGGAGUGGCAGUGAAUUGAGAAAUUACCCGUGGGAUAGGGGUAUUUUAGUCAUUUUCUUACCCGGAAGGAAUUUGGGAAUUCCGGUUGUACCGUUGCGUAGAGCACGGCGAGAUGAGUUCGUAGACACGUAG